AUGUUACUCAAAAAUAACUUUUAUUUAAUUCAAAUUGUCUUCCUGAUUGCAGUUCUACAUGCAAGAUUCUGCAAUGCUAGAUACUCUAACAUUCUCAAGCGUGCACAACUUGUGCAUAGUUCGUCAGAAGGAUCCAUCACAGACAUUGCCGGUAUACUAGUUGGUCAAAGUUCAAAAUCAGAACGUGCCACCGGAUGUACUGUCAUACUAUGUAACACGACGUGUGUUGGUGGUGUCGACGUCCGUGGAUCAGCUCCUGGUACGCGUGAAACCGAUCUUCUCGAUCCCAUUAAUAGAGUAGAUAUUGUUAACGCCAUUGUUUUAACCGGUGGUAGUGUAUUUGGACUCGAUGCAGUAUCCGGUGUAGUUCGAUAUCUUGUUGAGAAAAAUAUCGGUUUUCAGACCUCACAUCGUCGUGUUCCUAUCGUACCAGCUGCUGUACUAUAUGAUUUGAAUGUGGGUGAUGAUCCGUUUGUAGUACCUGAUGCAAACUUAGGUUAUUCGGCUUGUAUGUCCGCCAGUAACAGUCGCGUUCAUGAAGGUAAUGUUGGUGCUGGAAGUGGAGCUAGUAUUGGAAAAUUAUUUGGCAAUGAAUAUGCUAUGAAAGGAGGAAUUGGCAGUACUUCAAUAACUGUACGGGAUUCAGUGACAAACUCGACAAUCACAGUUGGGGCACUUGUCGCAGUUAACGCUGUUGGGGAUAUAUAUAAAGAUGGGAUACUACUAGCCGGUGCUCGAACUAGUGACGGGAAGCAUCUCAGAAACACGGUAGAAACCCUACUUAGCAUAAAUUCCAGCACCUUUGAUAACUUUCCGACUGGAACUGCAACCACACUUGCUUGUGUCGUGACAGAUGCCAAAUUAACUAAAGCUCAAGCCAAAAAAAUCUCGCAGAUGGCUCACGAUGGAUUUGCUCGAGCGAUAAAUCCUGUUCACACAAUGUCUGAUGGAGAUGUCGUGUUCACGUUGGCCACUGGUUUAUUUUCUAUUUCUGACGUUAAUCUUAUUGGUAUAAUGGCAGCUUAUGUUGUUGAACGUGCAAUCGUUCGAGCCGUUGAGCAAGCAACUAGUCUUCCUGGUUUUCCUAGCGUAAACGACCUUAAUUCGAAAGGUCAGCAUCUUUCAUUCAACAUUAUAUUGUCAGCACUACUGUUUUUAUUUUCAAAUCGGCUCUUGAAAUGCUAA